CUCCUCUCAACACAAUGUCCUUUACACACUUCAAGCUCACCAGGCCAGACGGCCUUACUCGUCGUCUCAAGUUCCCUGAGCGACCGUCCUGGAGCGUCCUCGCUGCUCGCGUCGGUAAUCUCUUCUCUAUCCCUGUCGAUAGUGUCGCUGUAUCCUACGUCGAUAACGAUGGAGACGAAGUCACUCUCAGUUCCCAGGAGGAAUUGCAAGAUUACUACGAGACCAGCCAUGAGCCCGACCAGGUUAUCAAGUUCGCUGUACACGACUUGAGUGCGUUCUCCCCCCAGAAUGCCGAUAAGCCUCUCCCCGACACUCCGCGUACGUCCAACCCGUCCGGCGCUAAUGCCGCGCCUAACCGCAAUCCCUUCGUGCCCCCCGCUUUCGUCGUGGAGGUGGAGGACGACUGGGAGAGGCUUCCCAGUCUCGGUGGCUUGGGCAUGGGCGGCAUCAGUCUUGGUGGUCCCCCCGCCUUCAUGCCCGGUGCUAGAGAGUCCCCCAGCCCACACGCCUUUCUCGUUGAAGUCGACGACAGCGCCGACUUGAGUAAGCGGAGUGAAAGAAGUGAGACUGAGAGGAGGGAGAGCGAGAGCGUUUCCACCGAGCGUGCCAAUCCCGCUUCGAGAGAUAAAGGAAAGGAGAAGGCAAGAGAGGACAUGGAAGUCGACGACAACGAGGACGACGAUAGAGCCUCUACCACCUCCGUCAUUGCGGAUGAGACACCCAAGAAGCAUCCGGUUCAUGUCUACGAUGUUAGCGAUGCUGAAGGAGACGGGAAUGAAAUGGGCUCCAUCGCAGACGAAAGUAACGCCUCCUCCACAGCUAAGGCUGCGAGUCCACCCGCCGCCCCCGAUCCGCCUUUAGAGUCGACCGGAGAACCAGUUGAUCAGACUGUGUCUCUGACGAACGAUGUGGCGUCUUUCUUGAACAACCUAUCUUCGAUCUUAUCCACCCACCCUGAGCUGACGGAAGGUAUCCAGAAUAUCGUCCGCCACGCCAGCGACGGAUCAUACUGGAGCGCUCAUCGUGACGCCCUGACUAGAGCCGCAAAUGAGCUCCGUCGUUCUUCGAUGGAGGUACAGGCUGAAGCCGGAAGAGCUGGUGAAUACCUUCGCCGCGCAGCCGAGGAAGAAGCAGGUAGGCGUGUAACUGAAGCAGUCAACAACAUCGCUCUGGCUAUACGACAAAUGACGGUUGGCGACCGUGGUGACCGGCCGGCCGACGCAGGACCUGUAACCUCAACUCCUCUCGAGGAACAGUUUGGUAGGGUUCCAUUCGAGCGACCUUCAAGCAGGGGCGAGCCUGAUUCCCACCGUGGACGCGGUGGACGUUGGAGUCCGCGCGGGCACCCCCAUUUCCAUCACUUCCAUGGACAUCCUCACCAUCCUUUUGGCCGUCAUAGUCCGCCUUCCCCUCCUCAUGUGCGCCACGGUCCUCCUCCUCCUCCCCACAUGCACCACGGGUUUCCUCCCUUUCCCCCUCACAUGCAUCACGGACCUUUCCCGCCGCCACCCAUGCCCGGCAGUCCUCACUCAUCGGGUCGUAGGGAUAGAGGCCCAGUUCCACCCUCACCUCCCCCGCCACCGGCUCACCACUUCCCUCACCAUUCCCCUCCCCCGCCCUUGAGUGGUCCUUCACCACUUCCCCAUUCCCCAGAAGGUCCGCCUCCGCCUCCCCCGCCCAUGCGUCCUCCCCCUGAGGCUUCGGGCACUGCUUCUCCGCCGCCGCCACCUCCCGGUGGUGCCCAAGGCCCUCAUGUACGUCCGCCGGGGCCGCCUCCACCCAUGGGGAGCGGCUUCCCACCGUUCCCGCCAGGGUUUGUGCCGAUGUCGGCCGUAUUUCGUCAGCCUGGCAUGCGUCGAGGACCUUUUUUUGAUAGAGGCAUGUUCGGGCCUCAACGAAGGAUGCGAGGAAGGGGAGGGAUGCAUAUGCAUCGCCCGUUCCCGCCGCCGUUCGUCCAUGGUACGCCAGGGGGCAUGUUCAGCCCACCGUUCGGGCCGCCUCCUGGCCACGAGGAUGACGAUAUGAUGGACGACGAUGCGGAGUUCCAGGAUAUCGACAUGUAUGGUCUCCAUUCGCAUGAGGAUACGAGAGCCGAGUUGGAGGCUGCCAAGGAAUUUUACAAGGCUAUGAAAGACAGAUAUAGGCGCGAGAGAGACGCCAGAAGGAGGAUGCGGGGUGGCCAUGGGCGGAACAUGUCUAUGGAUAGUGCUGUGCCGCCCACUUCCGCGGACGUUAGUCGUGAUACGACUCGAGAGGACAAUGGACCCCCUCAAACAGACAGUCAACCUACCGCCGGUCCUUCACAAGCAGCAAAUACUGCUGCGGCUCAAUCCCGAUAUGCCACGGUGUCUGGUAAUAACUCUCAACGAGUCAGCAGCGCCAGGGGAGGCUUCCCUGCCCUCGAGCUGUUCAGCGUCCCCCGCCGAGCUAACACCUACCAUGGCCGCGCCCAAGGCCGGGGUCAGGCUGGGCCGAGCGCCCCGGCUGGCAUUCCCGAAGGUGUCAGGAUUAUGCAGGAGCGGAUCGAGAGACGUGUAACUGAGAUGGGUUUCUCGGAUCCUUCUGUGGCGAGAAGAGUUACCGAGCAGUUGGGAAAGAGGCGACCGACAGGCGACGGGUGGGAUGAAGAUGAUAUUGUUACGAGCGUCAUUGAAGAACUAGUUUCUAUCCCGAUCUCGUCUGGCCCCGGCGAGAAAAGAGACGGUAGUAGGGAGCUUCCAAACCCUUGGAAGUAAUUCUUCGGCACUAUGGGGUUUCAGUUGUUGCGAUGAUGAGGACGUUACCUUUCUUGUACUUUUAUUCCGGGUGCGUAAGUAGGUCCCUAUGCGAUCCAUUGUUAUUCUAGUGUAGUCUUUCUGGUCUGAGGUAUACAUACAGCAAGGUAAGUAAGUCUUAGUAGUAGAAAAUAUAAUAACGGCCC